UGCCCUAUCUACACCGAAGGAUAAUCCUACUUGUGGCUCAUCCGACCACUUUCGCUCGUCUACACUAAGUACAAUUUUAGUGUUGUUAUAUUGGUACCGUUAACUUUAAAACCGGUAAUAAUUUCAGUACCUAGCCUAUAAAACAAACUUUCAUCCGAUCUAAGUUGGUACGAUUGAAAACCAACUUCAGUAUGAUUUUCGGUCGUCUACAUUACUCGCUCGGAUGAGCCACAAGUAGGAUUAUCCUUCGGUGUAGAUAGGGCAUCAGGCUUCUCUCUGGUAAUACUACCAAAUAACGAUAUUGUUCGUGUAUUUUACUUUGCUUGUACGAAAAUAACCAAUUUUUAUAAUGACACAAAAUGUAUCAUAUUGUCUUAAAGUGAUGUCACGAUGUAAGGCACAAAGAUUUUUCAAUAAUAUUCUUCAUCGGCAAUUGUCGGCUGCUGUGGACAUAUUAGCGAAUCCAGAAUGCACACUGUCAGUAAAGAAACAAAUAGAAAGUCAUUGGAAGAAUAAAGUCAAUUUUUAUAAAUGUAAUACUAAUGACAAUGUGAAAGAUAACUUUUAUGUUCUUUCCAUGUUUCCAUAUCCAUCUGGUACAUUACACAUGGGUCAUGUUAGAGUUUAUACAAUAAGCGACACUAUAGCUCGAUUUUAUAGAUUAAAAGGUAAAAAUGUAAUUCAUCCUAUGGGUUGGGAUGCAUUUGGAUUACCAGCAGAAAAUGCUGCUAUAGAGAGAAAAAUUGAUCCUGCUGUCUGGACAAACAAAAAUAUAACGACAAUGCGUAACCAAUUGAAAAUGCUGAAUUAUUCCUUUGAUUGGGAAAGAGAAUUUGCAACUUGUGACUCAGAUUAUUACAAGUGGACACAAAAAUUAUUUCUAAAAUUGUUUGAUAAAGGUUUGGCUUAUCAAAAGGAAGCUUAUGUUAACUGGGAUCCUAUUGAUCAGACUGUAUUAGCUGAAGAACAGGUAGAUUUGAAUCAACGAUCUUGGAGAUCUGGUGCAUUGGUAGAAAGAAAACUGUUGAAGCAGUGGUUUAUUAGAACAACAGCUUUUGCAAAAUCACUGGUGGAAGGUCUAGAUGAUCCAAUCUUAAAGGAAUGGAGAGAUAUCAUAAAAUUACAAAAGCACUGGAUAGGUGAUUGCAAUGGCAUUAAUGUCGAUUUUAAAUUGGUAUCCAAAAUUUUAGAUUUUCCGAAGACAAUAAACUUAUGGACCGACAUGCCAGAAUUUAUAGAGUAUGCAAAAUUUGUUGCUAUAUCUUCUCAAAGUAUAUUACAUCAUAAAGACUAUACGUAUGAUAUAGAUGUCGGAAUAAAAUGUUUAGAUGCAAAAGUAAUAAAUCCAUUUUCUGGCGAAGAAUUGCCAAUUUUUGUUACCGAUAAGGUUGUUUAUCCACCAUGGAGAGAUGUCCAUUUGGGUAUACCUUCAGCGUCAAUGGAUGACUUAAAGUUUUCAGAAUUAGUUAAAAUACCAUUUAUCCGACAUUCAAUACGUAGCAACGAAGAGCAACAGCAAAAGAUAGUUGAAAUAUUUCAAAAAGCAAGGAAAUGGGGAAUAGGUGGAUAUCCAGUGAGCUCAAGGUUACAAGAUUGGUUAAUCUCUAGACAAAGGUAUUGGGGUACACCAAUACCUGUUAUUCAUUGUACAAAUUGUGGUGUACAGCCGGUGCCGUCUGAUCAACUUCCUGUAACAUUACCAAAGAUAAAGUCGUCAGAUAAAAGAUUUUCGAUUCAUGAUGCCAGGGAUUGGUUACAGACUCAAUGUCCAAAGUGUGGAGGAAACGCAACUAGAGAAACUGAUACAAUGGACACGUUUGUAGAUAGCAGCUGGUAUUUCCUAAGAUUUAUAGAUUCCAAAAACCAAAAAGAAAUGUUUUCUGUAGAGAAAGUUAAAAACACUUAUCCCGUGGAUCUUUACAUAGGUGGAAAAGAACAUGCUAUACUUCAUUUAUACUACGCUCGGUUCAUGAGUCAUUUCUUGCAUUCAGAGGGCCUUGUACCAUCUCAAGAACCAUUCAAACAGCUUCUUGUACAAGGAGUAAUAAUGGGUAAAACAUUUAAAAUUAAAAGUACUGGCAAAUAUGUGGCAAGAAAUGAAGUGAUGAAGGAGGGGAAAGAAUAUAAAACGAAAUCUGGAGAACACCUUUCCAUGAACUGGGAAAAGAUGUCAAAAUCAAAACACAAUGGAGUUGAUCCUUUUGAUGUAUUGGAUAAAUAUGGGAUAGACACAACUAGAUUACUGAUAUUGGCUGAUGUUGCACCAACAUCCACUAGGAAUUGGUCGGAAGAGACCGUUGUUGGUGUAAAAAAUUGGCAAAAUCGUCUUUGGAACAUUGUCAAACAAUUUAAAAUUGAACGUAACAAUAUGUCUUUAGAGGAACUUCAAAGUCAAUCUAUUGACCCUAAAUAUGCUGAACAGGAUGCAUAUAUGUUUGACAGUCGAAAUUAUUUUCUGAAAAAUGUGACAUUUAAUAUAAUAGAAUCACAGCAGCUUAGUGUUGCAAUAUCUAGAAUGCAAGGCCUUACAAAUAGUUUACGAAAAGUUGGUUUGGAGUGUUUAAGGAAAAGUCGUGAAUACGAACGAGCAUUAGCUGUUCAAAUUAUAAUGCUCACGCCAUUUGCUCCACAUUUUGCCUCUGAAUUAUGGGCCACUUUUUGUUCUGUGAAGCAUCAUCUUAUGGAUAAUAAAGAAAUAAGUUUGGACAAAAAUGUGUUUGAACAGAAAUGGCCAGAGAUUGACAUGGAUUAUAAACUUAUAAUGAAUGUUUAUGUAAACAAAAGACAAUAUUUAAAACUGAAGAUUCCUCGUCAUAUAUUGGAUAAAAUGACUGCAGAGACAGCAUUAGAAUAUGUAAUUCUUGAUCCAUAUUAUCAAAAGAAUGCACAUAACAAAAAUGUUAUAGAAGUCAAUCUUCGAUCAGAGAAAGGCUGUGAUGCAUUGUUGUAUAUAACCAUGGAAAAACAAACAGAAGAUAUUAUUACAGAUACCAUUGUAACAGAUAAAAGAUAAAUAAAUGUUACACACUACUUUCGUUAAUAAACAUAAGAUAUUAGAUAAGAA